AUGAAGCUCCUUUGGAUCUCCUGUCUCAACCUCUUCAUAUCGCUCUCUAGCUCCCUCAACCUUCCCAAUGGCCACUGGCGUCAGGACCUCGUCCCAAACACCGUUGUGAUGGACGGCUUCCGCCUCGUUGAGAAUAAAAAGCGCAUCCAAGCCGGCGACGCGUCACUCAAAGCCGCUCUUGGUCACCUCACCACCGAAGCAGAUAGCUGGCUAGGCCAGGGCCCGUGGACUGUGACCUCCAAAACGCAGGCACCACCUAACGGCACGAUACACGACUACGCAUCCCAAGCACCGUACUGGUGGCCCAGCAAUACCACUGAUGGCUGUCCCUACGUACAACGGGAUGGCGAACGCAACCCCGAAGUCGACAAAUACCCCGACCACAGCGGACGUGAUCAGAUGUUUAGAUCCAGCUAUAUACUAUCCCUCGCAUGGUACUACACAGGCCAGGUCAAAUACGCCAAACAUGCCUCACUUAUUCUGCAGACCUGGUUCAUUGACCCCGCUACGGCCAUGACGCCUCAGCUGAACCACGCACAGAUCAUCCCUUGCCGCAAUACCGGCCGCGCAAUCGGCAUCAUCGACUUCAGCAUGGAGUAUACCAACGUUGUGGAUGCGGCCGCAAUCCUUGCCUCGACUAAUGCUCCAGGCUGGACAGGAGCAAAUCAGCGAGCGUUCAUGACCUGGAACCGUCAGUUUCUAGACUGGCUGGUCAACUCGCCCUUUGGGAAGGAAGAGGCAGCCGAAGAGAAUAACCACGGGACUUUCGCCAACAUGCAGAUUGCGGCUCUCGCUCUCUUCAUGGGGAAUGCGGCUCUCUCGGAAGAGACAUCCCAAGUAGCAAAAUCUCUCAUUGAUGCUCAGAUCCGGCCUAAUGGCUCCCAACCAAUGGAACUGGCGAGGACGCGCAGCUGGCACUACUCCAAUUUCAACCUUGGCGCACACCUUCGCUUUGCGCUUGUGGCCAAGAAGGUCGGCGUAGACCUAUACCGUUAUGAGGGGCCUGAUGGACAGAGUCUGUUUGGAGCAACGGAUUUCCUGUUGAAGGCGGCGGUAGAAGGGGAGAGCGCGUGGCCAUUCGAGGAACUGGACUUUAAGCCGUACGCGGCGACUGAUAAUGUACAAGCAGCAGCUGAUGCAGGAGACAGUGAAGCCCAGGCAGUUGUGCCUCAGCUCCCCCCACCACCAAGUGGGAAUAUUUACGUGCUCAGACCGGCUCCCGAGCAGUUGGAUAAUAUCGCCGACUAG